UUUUCUCGUAAAUUAUGAAUUUGGUGGUCAGUUAUGUCAAGCUUUGAGAUAGAGGCACGAGUUGGUGCCGAAGAAAUCGCCGGAGAUGAUAUAAAUGAUGUUUUUGAGGAUAUUUUCCUCGCGGAGGAGCGUGUUAUCGAAGAAAGUUUCCACCAGGGUCUAGAAGACGGUCGGCAGGAAGAGUCUGUGAAGGAGGCGCAAGACUACGGCUUCAAGAAGGGCUCAGAAAUUGGACGUGAGCUGGGCUUCUACUUCACCAUUGUAACGGACGUAGCGUCUCAGCAGGAAAUCGCUACUAAUGAAAAGGCACAUACGAUCCUUGCCGAGCUUAUCGACGCCAUUGAAAAGUUCCCCAGGGUCAACGAGCCUACUGUGGACUUGUUCCAUUGCUUGCAACAAAUUCGCAACAAGUACCGGAGGCUGUGCGCCUUGCUGAAGCUCCCCUAUCGAUUCGCCGAAACGAAUGUCCUUUCGUUUUAA